UGCCAGAGGAAGUGGUUGAGGCAGGUACAACAGUAUCGUUUAAGCAGCACUUGGAUAGAUAAGAUCUUUAUUAGUCACAUGUACAUAGAAACACACAGUGAAAUGCAUCUUUUGCGUAGUGUUCUGGGGGCAGCCCGCAAGUGUCGCCACGCUUCCGGUGCCAACAUAGCACGCCCACAACUUCCUAACCCCAACGUCGUUGGAAUGUGGGAGGAAACCAGAGCACCCGGAGGAAACCCACGCAGACACACAGGGAGAGAACGUACAGACUCCUGACAGACAGCGGCCGGAAUUGAAGCCGGUGCAAUGCGAAAGGAAUUGGCUGUUAUGUGACGCCACUUUCAAUCAGGGUCAAGCCGCACUCGGCCAUUCAGCAGCACACUCUGACCAUUGGUCCCUGUGCACACCUCUCAUACCUGGCCACAACCCACUGGACCUGUUGAAUUACCUGAGCUCGCUCCACCCAGCUCUCCAGCACAAUAAAGGAUGCCACAUGUGCGCGGCCCUUCCUCUCUUUGAUUGCUGCCGGGGUCGAGACCACCGCGAGGGACCACUGAUGUCCAGUUCUCCGCUUUCCAAGAAGCGCCGUGUGUCCGUGUCUGCUGCAGAACCGAAGGCCGCUUCCAACUGCUCCUCUGUCAACUCCUUGCGGACCGAAUCGCCGGCAACCCCUGCCAACGGUAUGGCGAAGAAUGGAAAUGAUGCGGAGAUUGACGAGGGACUGUACUCCCGGCAGCUGUACGUCCUCGGCUACGAGGCGAUGAAGCGGAUGCAGAACGCCAACAUUCUGAUCUCGGGCAUGCGAGGCCUGGGCCUGGAGAUCGCUAAGAAUGUGAUCCUGGGGGGAGUGAAGACCGUGACCAUCCAUGACCAGGGGGUGGCGCAGUGGGUGGACCUGUCCUCCCAGUUCUACCUGACUGAGGCCGACCUCUCGAAGAACAGGGCUGAGGUUUCCCAGCCCAAGCUGGCAGAGCUCAACACCUACGUGCCAGUGACGGCCUACACCGGGGAGCUGACGGACGCCUACCUAGAGCAGUUCCAGGUGGUCGUCCUCACCAACUCCACCCUGGAUGAGCAGCUGCGGAUCGGGGAGUUCUGCCAUUGCAAAGGGAUCAAGUUCAUCGUGGCGGACACCAGGGGUCUCUGCGGGCAACUGUUCUGUGACUUCGGCGAGGAGAUGAUAGUGUUGGACACCAAUGGAGAGCAGCCUCUGAGCGCCAUGAUCUCGAUGAUCACCAAGGAUAACCCUGGCGUGGUGACCUGCCUGGACGAGGCCCGGCACGGGUUCGAGACCGGCGACUUCGUCACCUUCACCGAGAUCCAAGGCAUGCAGCAGCUCAACCAGUGCGACCCGGUGGAGAUCAAAGUCCUAGGACCCUACACGUUCAGCAUCUGCGACACCACCGGAUUCUCCGACUACAUCCGUGGUGGAAUCGUCACUCAGGUCAAAAUGGCCAAGAAACUGAAGUUUAAAUCCCUCAAGGCCUCACUGGAAGCGCCCGACAUCCUGACCACGGACUUCGCCAAGUUCGAGCAUCCGCCGCAGAUGCACCUCUGCUUCCAGGCCCUACACGAGUUUGCGAAGAAGAACUCCCGUCUGCCCAGGCCUUGGCAUCAGGCGGAUGCCGAUGAGCUGGUCAACCUGAGCAAGGGUCUGAACGAGAGGGCAUCGCCCUGCAGCCGCCUGGAGCAGCUGAACGAAGGCUUGAUCAGGAAGAUGUCCUACGUGGCAGCGGGAGACCUGGCCCCCGUCAACGCCUUCAUUGGAGGGGUGGCGGCCCAGGAAGUGAUGAAGUCCUGUACUGGCAAGUUCACGCCCAUCAUGCAGUGGUUGUACUUCGACUGCCUGGAGUCCCUCCCUGAGGACAACGAGCCCCAGCUCACCCCCGAAGACUGCAGCUUCAGGAACUGCCGCUAUGACGGGCAGAUCGCGGUGUUCGGUGCGGCCAUGCAGGAGCGACUAUCCAAGCUGAAGUAUUUCCUGGUGGGUGCCGGGGCCAUCGGCUGUGAGCUGCUGAAGAACUUCGCCAUGAUCGGCCUGGCCUGCGGCGAGGGCGGCGAGCUCACCGUCACCGACAUGGACACCAUUGAGAAGUCGAACCUCAACCGCCAGUUCCUCUUCAGGCCCUGGGAUGUGACGAAAAUGAAGUCGGAGACGGCAGCUGCCGCCGUGAAGCAGAUGAACCCCAACAUCCGAGUCACAGCCCACCAGAACCGCGUCGGGCCCGACACCGAGAGGAUCUAUGACGAUGACUUCUUCGAAGCUCUGGACGGCGUGGCCAAUGCACUGGACAAUGUCGACGCCAGAAUGUACAUGGACAGGAGGUGCGUAUAUUACCGCAAGCCCCUGUUGGAGUCGGGAACUCUGGGCACCAAGGGCAAUGUGCAAGUGGUCAUCCCUUUCCUCACCGAGUCCUACAGCUCCAGCCAGGACCCCCCGGAGAAAUCCAUCCCCAUCUGCACCCUCAAGAACUUCCCCAACGCCAUAGAGCACACGCUACAGUGGGCUCGUGAUGAAUUUGAAGGGCUCUUCAAACAGCCAGCGGAGAAUGUCAAUCAGUACAUCCAGGAUUCCAAGUUCAUGGAACGCACCCUGAAGCUGCCAGGAGCCCAGCCCCUCGAGGUGUUGGAGGCUGCCUUCAAGAGCCUGGUGACAGAACGUCCCAAGUCCUGGGAGGACUGUGUGACCUGGGCUCGGAACCACUGGCAGAUUCAGUACAACAACAACAUCCGUCAGCUGCUACAUAACUUCCCACCUGACCAGGUUACAACCUCUGGCACUCCUUUCUGGUCUGGUCCCAAGAGGUGUCCUCACCCACUGGAGUUUGACAUGCACAACGUCCUCCACAUGGACUAUGUGGUGGCCGCGGCCAACCUCUUCGCCCAGACCUACGGCAUCAAAGGCUCCCGGGACGUGGGCCAGGUGGCCGAGAUCCUCAAGGGGGUCAAAGUGCCGACUUUCACCCCCAAGUCCGGCGUCAAGAUCCAUGUCUCCGACCAGGAUCUCCAGAACUCCAACGCGUCAGUCGAUGACAGCCGCCUGGAGGAGCUGAAGACCACCCUUCCUUCCUUGGAGGCCCUCGCCACCUUCCGAAUGUACCCUAUCGAGUUUGAAAAGGAUGACGACACGAAUUUCCACAUGGAUUUCAUCGUGGCCGCUUCCAAUCUCCGAGCUGAGAACUACGACAUUCCGCCAGCUGACAGGCACAAGAGCAAGCUAAUUGCCGGCAAGAUCAUCCCAGCCAUCGCCACGACCACCGCAGCUGUGGUGGGGCUGGUGUGCCUGGAGCUGUUCAAGAUCGUCCUGGGCAAGAGGAAGCUGGAGUCCUUCAAGAACGGCUUCCUCAACCUGGCCCUGCCCUUCUUCGGCUUCUCCGAGCCCAUUGCCGCGCCGAAGCACACGUACUACGACAAAGAGUGGACACUGUGGGACCGUUUCGAAGUGACAGGCGUCAAGCACAGUGGGGAGGAGAUGACCCUAAAGCAGUUCCUGGAUUACUUUAAGAACGAGCACAAGCUGGAGAUCACGAUGCUGUCGCAGGGGGUCUCGAUGCUCUACUCCUUCUUCAUGCCUGCUGCCAAGCUCAAGGAGAGGAUCGAGCAGCCGAUGACUGAGAUCGUCACCAAAGUCUCCAAGAAGAAGAUCGGCAAGCACGUGAAGGCACUGGUCUUUGAGCUGUGCUGCAACGACGAGAAUGAUGAGGACGUGGAGGUCCCCUACGUGCGAUACACCAUGCGUUGAGCGGGCAGGAGGGCAGGGAGGGUCAGGAAGGUUCGCCGGAGCGGGCUUGGGCGGGCGAAUCUCGAGCAUGAACCCUUCGCGCAGCUCCUGAGGUUUGUGGGUGUCCUCUCCCUUUUCUUCUCCCACCACUGUAUCCCCCCCCUCCAUUCCCCCCCUCCCCAAGAGCCUGUCGUUAUAGGGUUUAGCAUGCUAUUACACUGUAGCUGAGACCAUUCCACACCCGCCCUCCUUUUCUUCCCGCCAUGGAAUCCAGGACCCCCCCCCCCAACCUCCCCUGUCCGGCCAUCGACGCUCCCUCCCCGCUCCAAAUCCCCUCCCCCCUCCUUUAAUUUAACUGUUACAGAUGCCCUUGGGUGCCGGGGGUGUGGGUGAGCCACUGGAGGUAUGGGGGGGAGGGAGAAGAGAGAGAGAGGGCACGCCCUUCCGCCUUCAAUCGGUGCCGAGAAACUUGCAUCUCUCCCCCGCCCCGCCCCACCCCCUUUUUUUUCUGUGUUUAUCACGUUAGCGGUGUACCUAGUGAAUUGGCUGUAGUUUUACCACGUGGAUCUUGAGAGAGAGCAGGAGGGGGAAAUGUGGCCAGAACGAUCACGUAAUCGUGUGCAUAGUUUGUGCGUGUGUGUGAGUGCGUGUGUGAGAGAGAGAGAGAGAGAAAACUGUAUUGGCUUUCCAGCUUGCGACCCCAGCCCCCUGUAUUUGUUCUGACCUUGGGUUUAGGGGGGAAUUAGUGUAAGCAAACUCCGGGAUGUCAGCCAAGGGGAGGUCUUUAUUAUUAUUCAAGACCGGUUUAAGAUAUUACCAUGGAAACAAUACACAAAUUUUUGAGAAUGCACUUAGUUUGUGGCUGGUAUGAAAUAAAAUGGAAUUUAGAUGA